CCGCCCCCUCCCGCGCGGCUCUGGCUUUGAAACAAAAUAAAGCAACCUCAGAAUCAAACCGACGCAUCCUUCUCAAUCUCUCUUCGCCUCUCCCUCCCGCCUCUUUCCCUCCAUCUUUUUUUUUUUUUUUUAAAUAUCCUCAUUAUUAUUGCCGGCGCGCGCCUUGUUUGUGUGGCGCGCCCGCCCGCUUGCUUUUCUCCGGGGAAGGAAGGGAAGGCCGUGUGAGGGAAGCGACGACGACGAGGGAGAGAGAGGGCGAGAGAGGAGGCCGAGCGUGGGCGCCGGCGAGGGAAGGAGACGAUGAGGACGAGCCCCUUCCUCCCGUGAUCCCGCCGCCCCUUCCGCGAUGCCAGGAGGCCGCGAGAGGCGGGGGAGGCGGCGGCUGCAACGGAGGGGCAACGCACGAAGGCGGCUAGGCCUCGCUGAGGCGCGGGAGGCAGGCGGAGGGAGAAGCCCCGCCGAGAGAGGCCUUUCGGGCCUCGCCAGGGCCUCCUCCUCGCCCUCCAUGGACGCCGGGCUGGAACCAUGAGCCGGCCCAAGCUGCUGGCCCACCUCGCCGGGACCCGCCUCCGCCCUCAGCCGCAGGGCCUCGCCGCUCGCCGCCGGCAACAACACCACUCUUCUUAUUACUACUACUACUAUUACUACUAUUAUUACAGCACGAGGCACCGGGACGCUGCUCCUACUCCGGCUUCUCCUGCCUCUCCUUCGCCCUGGACCUCGUCCCAGGCCUCCUUCGCCUUCUCCUCGACCCAGGGCCUGGAGUAAUAAUCGCCCCCUCGCCUCGCAGCACAAGACCCUCCCUGGCUUCUCCUUUAGUCUAGGGACCUCACCCCCUUUUGAACCCUGUCUUAUCCAGGAUCCUCGCCCCCUUCAGAUUCUUCCCAUUUUAGACCCACCUGGGAACCUCCUCCACCUUUUCCUCCUCUUUGAGAAACCCACCCCCCUCCUUUUAGUCCCAGCUCCACCUGAAAACCCCCUCCAUUUCUUCCCCUUCCAGACAGAGCUCUUAUCUAGGGGCCUUUUGGUUUCUCCCCACUUUUGGACCCAGUUCUCUCUGGGAACCUCACACCCUCUUCAGUUACUUCCCAUUUCUAGAUCCAGUUCUAUCUGGGAACACUCCAGAAGCGACUCAAGUUGCUCCUGACACGAAAAAAAUAAUAAUAAUCUGGGAACCUUACCCCCUCCCCUAAUUUCUCUCUCCUUUUAGUCCCAGUUCUAUCUGAGAAGGCUUCGACAAGACAUCUAUCUGAACAACUCAUCAGUUUCUACCCGUUCUAUUCGGAGCUCUCCUUUCGUCUAGGGAGCUCAUUCCCGUUUGAUUUCUUCCCUCCCUUUAGACUCGUUUCUAUCUAGGAUCCUCCCCCCCCCCCUUGAGUUUCUUCCCAUUUUAGACCCCUCCAAUUUAUCUCUCCUUUUAGUCCUAGUUCCACCUGAAAACCUCAAUUUCUUCCCUCUAUCUAGGGAUUUUUUGGUUUCUCCCCACUUUUAGAUCCAGUUCUAUCUGGGAUCCUCACCCCUCUUGUGUUUCUUCCCAUUUUAGACCCGGUUCUAUCUGGAAACCUCACCCUCCCUCCAGUUUAUCCCUCCUUAGUCCCAGCUCUAUCUGAAAAUCUCAAUUUCCUCCCCUUCUAGUCAGAGCUUUAGUCUAGGGACUUCAUCCCCCUUUGAUUUCUUCCCUCCUUUUAGUCCCAGCUCCAUCUGAAAAACUCAGUUUCUUCCCCUUAUAGUCAUAGCUCUACCUAGGGACUUUUUGGUUUCUUCCCAGCUCUGGCAGAAAAACUCACCAGUUUCUUUCCCUUCUAUUCCAAGCUCUCCUUUAGUCUAGGGACCUCAUCCCCUUUUGAUUUCUUGCCUCCCUUUAGACCCAAUUAUAUCGGGAUCCUCACCCCUCUUCAGUUUUUUCCCCAUUUUAGACCCAUCUGGGAACCUAAUUCACCUUCUAUUUCUCCCUCCUGUUUGCCCUAGCUCUAUCUGAAAACCUCAGUUUCUUCCCCUUCUAAUCUGAGCUCUAUCUAGGGACCUUUUGUGUUCUCUCCCUUUUAGACCCAGCUCUAUCUGGGAUCCUCACCCCACUUGGGUUUCUUCCCAUUUUAGACCCAUUUGGGAACCUAAUUCACCUUUUAUUUCUCCCUCCUUUUUGCCCCAGCUCUAUCUGAAAACCUCAAUUUCUUCCCCUUCUAAUCUGAGCUCUAUCUAGGGACCUUUUGUGUUCUCUCCCUUUUAGACCCAGCUCUAUCUGGGAUCCUCACCCCACUUGGGUUUCUUCCCAUUUUAGACCCAUUUGGGAACCUAAUUCACCUUUUAUUUCUCCCUCCUUUUUGCCCCAGCUCUAUCUGAAAACCUCAAUUUCUUCCCCUUCUAAUCUGAGCUCUAUCUAGGGACCUUUUGGGUUCUCUCCCUUUUAGACCCAGCUCUAUCUGGGAUCCUCACCCCAUUUGGGUUUCUUCCCAUUUUAGACCCAUUUGGGAACCCCACUCCCCGCCAAUUUCUCCCGUUUCAGCCCCAGCUUUUUCCUUUUUAAGCAGAGCCCUCCUUAGGAGUCUUAUCCCCUUUGUGCCCUAUUUCGCCCCUUCCUAAGUCUCCCUCCGCAGAGAGAAAGAGGGAGGAGAAGGGGGUCUGGGUGGAUGCGUGGACCCGUGUCGGGGAGAGCAACCCACCCUCCCCUCUCGCGUUCCCGUCGCCCGCGGGGCAUUCAUUAGACUGGCGAUUGAUUAAAAAGCGGGGAUCGAUUUGUAUGUAUUUCGCCCAGCGCCGGGGGCGGCUGCUGCUGCUGCUGCUGUUGGUCCUCUUGCUGCUGCUCCUGCCGCCGCCGCCGCCUGAGUGUUUUCCAACCUAAGGAGCCCUGUGGCUGGGGAGCUGCUCCUGCUCCUUCCUCCUCCGGCUCCUCUUCCCAAAAUGUCGGCCCCCGCUGGGCCCCGCGGCGGCCCCGCGCCCCCCGCGCCUCCUCCUCCGCCUCCUCCUCCGUCCGAGAUGCCCGACCUCAGCCACCUCACCGAGGAGGAGAGGAAGAUCAUCCAGGCCGUCAUGGACCGCCAGAAGAAGGAAGAAGAGAAGGAGCAAUCUGUGCUCAAGGUAAAAGAAGAACAAAAGCCACAAGGGACACAGUGGUUUCCCUUUAGUGGAAUCACUGAGCUGGUAAAUAACGUUCUUCAGCCACAGCAAAAACAACAAAAUGAAAAGGAGCCCCAGACGAAAUUACAUCAGCAGUUUGAAAUGUAUAAAGAACAAGUGAAAAAGAUGGGUGAAGAAUCACAGCACCAACAGGAGCAAAAGGGUGAUGCUCCAACCUGUGGCAUCUGUCACAAAACAAAAUUUGCCGACGGCUGUGGCCAUAAUUGUUCAUAUUGCCAAACUAAAUUCUGUGCACGUUGUGGAGGAAGAGUGUCUUUACGCUCAAACAAGGAGGAUAAAGUGGUAAUGUGGGUAUGUAACUCGUGCCGAAAACAACAAGAAAUCCUCACAAAAUCCGGAGCCUGGUUUUAUAAUAGUGGAACGAAUACACCGCAGAAGUCUGAUCAAGACGUUUUUAGAGGAUUGCGGAACGAAGAAGCACCUCAGGAGAAAAAAGCAAAGCUGCAAGAGCAAUCCAUAUCAGCAUUGGAACGAGGUAGAUCUCAAGGGCUCACAAGGCAAGAGUCCAUAAACGGAUCAGGAGGAAAGGUGGCAGGUGACACAGCAGAUAGAAAAAGAAGCCCAUCAAUAUCCAGAGAUCAAAACAGAAGGUUCAACCAGCUGGAGGAGAGAGACGACUAUUCACAGUAUGCAACAUCAGACAGUGCAAUGCCAAGAUCACCAUCAGAUUAUGCAGACAGACGAUUACAGCAUGGCACUCAAUUAUAUGAAGAACCUGAACUUGAUGAUUACAGGGAUUCUAACAGGAGAAGUCGCAGGCGUUCAAGGGAAUAUCCUUUAGAAGAAGAUGAAAUACAAAAUAGAGAGGAUUAUGAGAGGCAGCGGCGGGAAGAAGAGUACCAAGCACGGUACCGGAGUGAUCCUAAUUUGGCUCGUUAUCCUGUCAAACCACAACCAUAUGAGGAACAAAUGCGUAUUCAUGCUGAAGUGUCUCGAGCGCGCCAUGAACGAAGGCACAGUGAUGUGUCUUUGGCAAAUACUGAAUUGGAGGAUUCCCGGCUAUCGAUGAUGAGAAUGGAACGGCCAUCAAGGCAAAGGUCUGCAUCUGAACGCAGAGCUGCCAUGGACCAACGUUCAUAUUCAAUGGAAAGAACUCAGGGACUAAGUCCCAAUCGGCAGAGGACCACAAAUCACAGUCCUCCAACUCCUAGGAGAAGUCCAAUUCCUUUUGAUAGGCCAGAAAUGAGGCGGACUGAUUCAUUAAGGAAACAGCACCAUUUGGAUCCCAGCUCAGCUGUCCGCAAAACAAAACGUGAAAAAAUGGAAACCAUGUUAAGAAAUGAUUCAUUAAGUUCAGAUCAGUCGGAAUCAGUUAGGCCUCCUCCACCAAAACCUCAUAAAACAAAAAAGGGUGGUAAAAUGCGUCAAGUGUCACUAAGCAGUUCUGAAGAAGAGUUGGCUUCUACCCCAGAAUAUACCAGCUGUGAUGAUGUAGAAAUUGAAAGUGAAAGUGUUAGUGAGAAAGGGGACAGUCAAAGGGGAAAAAGAAAAACUAGUGAGCAGGCAGUUUUAUCGGACUCUAACACCUUAUCUGAAAGACAAAAGAAAAUGGUGUAUUUUGGUGGCCACUCUUUGGAAGAGGACUUGGAAUGGUCUGAGCCUCAGAUUAAAGACUCUGGGGUAGACACCUGUAGUAGCACAACUCUAAAUGAGGAGCAUAGUCAUAGUGAAAAGCAUCCUGUAACCUGGCAGCCAUCCAAAGAUGGAGAUCGUUUAAUAGGUCGGAUUUUGUUAAACAAACGACUAAAAGAUGGAAGUGUGCCUAGAGAUUCCGGUGCAAUGCUUGGAUUGAAGGUUGUUGGAGGAAAAAUGACUGAAUCAGGUCGGCUGUGUGCAUUUAUCACCAAAGUGAAAAAAGGAAGCUUAGCAGAUACAGUGGGACAUCUUAGGCCAGGUGAUGAAGUAUUAGAAUGGAAUGGAAGGCUUUUGCAAGGAGCCACAUUUGAAGAAGUGUACAACAUCAUUCUAGAAUCCAAACCAGAGCCACAAGUGGAACUUGUAGUUUCGAGGCCAAUUGGGGAUAUUCCCAGAAUACCUGAUAGUACUCAUGCACAAUUGGAGUCCAGUUCUAGCUCAUUUGAAUCUCAAAAAAUGGACAGACCUUCUAUUUCAGUCACUUCUCCCAUGAGUCCUGGCAUGUUGAGGGAUGUUCCACAGUUCUUAUCUGGACAACUUUCAAGCCAAAGCCUUAGUAGAAGAACAGCGCCUUUUGUUCCUAGGGUUCAGAUAAAACUGUGGUAUGACAAGGUUGGUCAUCAAUUGAUAGUCACAAUUUUGGGAGCAAAGGAUCUUCCUUCAAGGGAAGAUGGGAGGCCAAGAAAUCCUUAUGUUAAAAUUUACUUUCUUCCUGACAGAAGUGAUAAGAAUAAAAGAAGAACAAAAACAGUAAAGAAAACUUUGGAACCAAAAUGGAACCAAACAUUCAUUUAUUCUCCAGUUCAUCGGAGGGAAUUUAGAGAACGAAUGUUGGAAAUUACUCUUUGGGACCAAGCACGAGUUCGUGAGGAAGAAAGUGAAUUUUUGGGAGAGAUUCUAAUUGAAUUAGAGACAGCACUGCUAGAUGAUGAGCCUCACUGGUACAAACUCCAGACGCACGAUGUCUCUUCAUUGCCACUUCCCCACCCUUCACCAUAUUUGCCACGCCGACAGCUUCAUGGGGAGAGUCCCACAAGAAGGUUGCAAAAUAAAGGCUUUUAUUCAUAUAAUUCAGGAUCCAAACGAAUAAGUGAUAGUGAAGUCUCAGACUAUGAUUGUGAUGAUGGAAUAGGAGUAGUGUCAGAUUACCGACAAAAUGGAAGAGACCUCCAAAGCUCAACACUAUCAGUGCCAGAACAAGUGAUGUCAUCCAAUCACUGCACUCGGUCAGGGUCCCCUCACCGUGGAGAUAGUAUAGGAAGGACUAGGUCAUGGUCUCCCAGUGUCCCUCCAGUACAAAGUAGGAAUGUGGAACAGGGGUCUCGAGGGCCUCGAUCUACUCCUGCACAUUACAAUACCAUGAAUCGAAUGGAUAGACAUCGAAUAAUGGAUGACCACAGCUCCCCAGACAGAGAGAGUCAUUAUCUCACUCUGCCUUGGUCCCAUCACACUCAAUCCAUUGACUACCAUCAUAGAGAUGCCAGCAAGGAUCACUCAAUGUAUCCUAUCUUUUGUGAAGAUGCAGUCAGAUUACUUCGAUCCCGUAUGAUGUGCCGUACAUAUUCUGAGGGUGCUUACCAUGAAUUUGAGAGGAGGAGUAGGAAGGAAGGAAGAGUGCCUAAUGCAUAUUUUGAUGACACUGAUAUUUCCCCUACUCCUGAAAGGUAUUACAAUGGUGCAAGUUCAUGGGCAGAUCAUGUAGUCAAUGGUUCAGCUGAAAACUACGGAAGUGAAACGGUGGAUGUAUUGGCAGAUCAAGCUUCCUAUUCAGAAAGUGAACUUGUAGAUCCAGAAGAAAACAUGAGGAAAUGGGAACCUAGACUACCAUAUCAAAGAUCCAGAUCCACAGAACAGCGUCCUGUGCUAGAACGGCCCAGUCCCCGCUCCCGCUCCACUGAACGUCCUGACUCAAACCUCAUGAGAUCGAUGCCUUCAUUAAUGACGGGAAGAUCUGCCCCUCCCUCACCUGCCUUAUCGAGGUCACAUGCUCGUAUGGGAUCCGUCCAAACAAGCCCAUCAAGUACCCCAGUAGCAGGACGCAGGGGUAGACAAUUGCCACAACUCCCACCAAAGGGUACACUGGAGAGAAUGCCAGAGAAUGGGGAUGAAGGUGCUAUGGAUACAGAAGAGAGAAAUCGCCAAAUGAAUAUGAACAAGUACAAACAGGUAGCAGGAUCAGACUCCAGGCUGGAGCAAGAUUAUCAUUCUAAGUAUCGAUCAGGACGGGAUCCUCAACGAGGCUCUGACAACAUCUCCACCAAGUCUUCUGACAGUGAUGUCAGUGAUGUCUCAGCAGUGUCGAGGACCAGUAGUGCUUCCCGUUUCAGCAGCACAAGCUUUAUGUCUGUGCAGUCAGAAAGACCCAGAGGGAACAAGAAGAUUAGAAGAUCAAAAGAGGGAGGGGAGGAAGGGGAUGGGGAGAUAUUCCCAGAAGAGGAAGAGGAGGAGGAGAAUCGGGAGCUUGAGAAAGAGGUGAAAAAUGAACAAGUAGAUGAAAAGGGGGAAGGGGAAAAGGUGACAGAGAAUUGUGAUAAGGAGGAAUGCAAAGAACCAGAAGAGAAUGAAGGGGCCCAAGAUGAACAAACUGAGGAAGGGACAGAAAAAAGAAAUAAAGAGGAUUUGCAAAGGACAUACUCACAAGAUGAUCUCAGACAGAUGGGUGUUACGGGACAGAACAUUACAAAGAGCACCAGCAUCAGCGGGGAGAUGUACACGAUAGAGAAGAAUGAUGGCAGCCAGUCUGACACAGCGGUGGGCACUGUGGGCACAGGCGGCAAAAAGCGACGCUCCAGCAUUGGUGCAAAGAUGGUCGCCAUCGUGGGUCUUUCACGGAAAAGCAGAAGUACCUCACAGCUCAGCCAAACUGAAGCAGGUGGCAAAAAAUUAAAGAGCACAGUCCAGAGAAGCACAGAAACUGGGUUGGCCGUGGAGAUGAGGAACUGGAUGACUCGUCAAGCCAGCCGGGAAUCCACUGACGGCAGCAUGAACAGUUACAGUUCCGAGGGGAAUUUGAUCUUUCCUGGUGUGCGGUUGGCUGCAGACAGCCAGUUCAGUGAUUUUCUCGAUGGACUUGGUCCUGCACAGCUUGUUGGGCGUCAAACUCUGGCUGCUCCAGCAAUGGGUGAUAUCCAGGUUGGAAUGAUGGAUAAAAAGGGACAGUUAGAAGUAGAGAUAAUACGAGCUCGAGGCCUUGUUGUAAAACCAGGUUCAAAGACACUGCCAGCACCAUAUGUCAAGGUGUACUUAUUAGAAAAUGGAGUCUGUAUAGCCAAAAAGAAAACAAAGGUAGCAAGGAAAACAUUGGAACCUCUUUAUCAGCAGCUGUUGUCAUUUGAAGAGAGUCCCCAAGGAAAAGUUUUACAGAUUAUUGUGUGGGGCGAUUAUGGACGUAUGGAUCACAAAUCCUUUAUGGGAGUGGCACAGAUACUGUUAGACGAACUGGACCUGUCCAAUAUGGUGAUUGGCUGGUUCAAACUUUUCCCCCCUUCGUCCCUAGUAGACCCAACGUUGGCCCCUCUGACCAGAAGGGCGUCCCAAUCAUCUCUUGAAAGUUCAACGGGACCUUCUUUCGCGCGCUCAUAGCAGCUGUGAAACUGUUGUCAGAGCAACCAGCGUUACAAAAAAAAUCAACAGGUCGCAAACCCUGGUAACACUGCAUGCUUAAUGUUGUGUCUUUGGAGCCUGUUUCUAGGGCUAUAAAGCGAUUCUGUGUUCUCAGAGGAAGUUGCACACAUUGUGCUCUAAAGGAAGUCCUCAGGUGAAGGAGUGGAGCUGGAAAGAACUGAAUGGUUGGGAGUUCAGUGACACUCAACUUUUAGUCCAAUCUGAAGCCAUGGAUUAAACUAAAGAAACAAGCUGUCUCAUGCAACAAGAAUCCCUUACAAUGGCACAUCUAUUUUCUCGCUCCCUUUUUGUUCUCUGCCCCUUCCUGCCCGACCCCAACCCCAAGCCUGGUGAUGCUACAGAAACAUGGAGCUACCCAAACACUGUGCCACGAGUCGCCGGAAAGAUGGAAGCCAAGAAGGUCAACUAAAGGAAAGCCAGCGUAGUUGUGAACAGCAGAGGAAACUCGCCUUACCAGAAAGGUUGAAGACUUAUAGUGGCAAGCCUUGCAACUUCAGCUCUUGCUAGAGUCGAACCCCAUGCGCGUGGACUCUGAAAAACAAAAUUCUGUGGCUAUACUGUACUGUAUGAAAUUAAAGACACUUUUUUGCAUGGACACAGAUUAUGCUGAACACUUAAAAUUAUUUUCUUGGGGCUGCAACUUGCAAAAAAAGAAUAAAUCAGCCAUUUUCAACAAUUUAUAUUAUUUUUAAAAAUAAAUUUCACUAGUGCAUGGUUUUAAAAGGGAGAGAAUGCAACAGGGUGGUAAGACACACCAAGUUUAUCAUUCUUUAAACCAAUCAUGGUCUGUGUUUUUGCAGACAUACAAAUGAAAAAUUAAUGAUUUCUAGCAAAUAUUUAAAAAUUAUGUUUAUGUGACAAGAAAUAAGUGUAAUAUAUGAAAUUUAUUUAAAUGUAAAAGGUACAAGCCUUGUAAAGUUCAACAAUAUGUGCAAAUUGUACACUUCUUUUCCCUUCUUGUCGACCCCUCCCUCCUUUUGCUCUCUCUCAUUCCCUUCCUACCUCCCAGGAUGAUCAUUAUACUCUGAAAACACUACUUUUUGACUUAUUACUCUCAUGCUCCAUAUUUGGUUCAGGGUUGCAGGUUACUCUGCAUUUCUGAAAUCUUUGAGAAAAAUAUUGGUUAAGACCUUUUUCAAGCAUGUUGAAAAGUAUUUUGCAACAUGGCUUGGGGAGUACAUUACAAUAAUUCAGCAUGUAUUUGAUAAAAAAAUUGAACUUUUUGCAGUUUAUUGUACAGUGCAUGGAAACUUCUUUUCUUUUUUUUCCUCACCUUCAAUUAAAUUCUACAGCAAAAUACUGGAAUCAUGUGGCCAUUUGUAAAACAUCUUCAAUAAAUUUGUUUUCAGCACCAGCAUCAUUCAUUCAAGGUUGAACUAUCAUUUCUGGAUGGUCUUGAAGAACUAACAAGAUGACAGUCUUGCUAACUAUCAGCAUAUUUAUCAUUUGCACUGAGCCAAACAAACUGCUAUCCAUUUAGGGCCUCAAUAAAUAGCAAUUAAACUCAUUUUCAUGAACUAUGUGGUGGCAAAUCGGUGAAUGAAAAGCUGACCUUAAAAAGUCACAACCCUGCUUCUUAGCAGGGGGUUGGACUGGAUGGCCCAUGAGGUCUCUUCCAACUCUACUAUUCUAUGAUUCUAUGACAACCCGAGUUGCAGUCCUGCACCUGUUUAAUUUUUAGUGGUACCAACAUGCCCUAAGAGACUGCAGGAUUGCACCUUUUGACUUUUUUUAACGCCUUAAAAUACAUUCAGUUUAAUAAUUCUGACACCAUCACCAAGAGCCUAAAUGCAAAGAAGUAACACUAUGCCUGCCACCUGUAGCAGGUAUUUCAGAACUAUGGGAAGCUGGGGUGAAAAGAUGGAGUAUUCUAAGUCCAACUCGUUCAUUAUUUCCUAAUUGAAAGGGAAUGUAACUUGUUUAAGUGCAUCAUUCUUUUUUUUCUGUGUCUUUAGAUGCCUUUAAUCCGUACCUAUUGUUUAAUGUCAAAGCACUGCAAUAAUAUUUGAAUAAACAUAAUAUUUAAAUUAAGGCCAUGCACACAAAUUUUGGGGCAAAAGAUCUGUAAAGUUACCUCCCCUUCUGCCCAAAUAGAUUGACUCACAGAAGAGCCAACCCCAGAAUUGUAAAUCCUGAUGCCUUUUAUUUGAUAGGGUGCAUCUAGGUAUGAAGCAAAAUAAUGAGCACGGUGCAUUAAUUUUGCCCAUGUACCAUAUGAGAGCAUUACUCAUACGGACGGAGAGUGUGCAGCUAAAAUGCCUAACGAAUUGCACCCAUACAGCAAACUAGAGCUCCAUUUGUGCACCAAUGGAAAGAAAUGCGCUUAGGGAGAUUCUCCUAUGUAGUAAAUAAUGGAGAUAUUUUCUUUGGCGGGCGUUCUGUAUCAGGGACCUUGCAUCCAUCCAAAAAUUAUCUAAUGUGGAUGACAGAGGUUUUAAAAAACUUUAUACAGUAUAAUCUAAGUGAAAGAAGAUUGGUAAGAUGUAUUUGAGUGAAAUAAUUUAUGUUGGUACAAACUACGGAUGUAUACCAAAAUAAUGCAUUGUUCCCUAGGGAAAAACAUUUUUUUUCAAAAAAAAAAUGACUCUUCCUCAUACUGUGACAUGCAGUCAAUGCAUUCUUUUAUGCAUAUUCCUAUAUAAAAUUAUUUGUAAUUCAUACAAGAAGGAUAUGACCGUAUGAAAAGUCUGUACAUACUUGGUCAUUAUACAGUAUUUAUUUUAAAAGUUGAUUGUAUUUUUUUUAAUAACCACAUGUCUGCAACUCUGCUUAUAUUUUAGUCAUGUAAAUAGCAUUCUUCCAGUGACCACAGCUGUCUUGUACAUAGUCUGUUUUAAAAGUAAAGGGAAUUGGAGUUGGGGAGAAAUGGACAGUUCAGGCCUGUUAAUGAACACCGACUAAUGUAAAUCAAAUUCAUUCUGGUGAUGGCAUUUAUUUAACACUUUAAAUAAAACAUUUUCUUUACAGAA